ACUUCUUCCCGGAUGUUUAUAACUUUCGGGUUUAGCCUGACUGAGCAGUCAGCUGUUAACUUGAGUUGUCAACAUGUCCCCACAAACUAACCGGUAAAUAAGCAGACUUUGUUCGCUUAAAGGUCGGUCGGUGUCGACCGCUUUUAACGGCACCAUGGAGACGUUUAACAAGCUAACCAGCAUGCUGCUGCACGCGCUGGAAACGGUAAGUUAGCGUCGGUUAACAUUAGCCCAGUUAGCUUCUGUUAGCAAGAGGACAGGCAGAAAGUUCAACAAAGUUAGACAGAGAGGAGGUGGGAGGACAGACAGGCUGACAGAGAGACAGGCAGGCUGGUUAGACACACACAGGCCUGAUAAGAAAGACACGGUGUACUCAGUUAACCAGUUUAUCCGCUGUUAAUUAUAAGAGGAACAUGAUCUAAGCAGCAGCUGAAGCUAACACAGUUGUCUCAGGUGUUGUGCCUGUGCGUGUUUACCUGCAGCAGGUUUGUGUCGACGUGGAGGAAUGUAUUCAGGUGUUCAGACAGACUGAGGACAGGUCCGGACAGGGGGGAGGGGGGGUCUUUGUCAUAAGGGGUGAAGCUCACAGUCUUCAUUGAACGUGAACUAUCAGAGAGUAGCAUGAACUCCUGUCUGUGUGUCCAGAUCACAGACUGACACCUCCUCUUAGAUCUCACAUUGACUCAUUUCUCUAUGUAAAGUAAUACAAUUGGUGAUAUGAGAUUAGUAGAAAAAAUAAAUAACUUUUUUUUAUGAAGUGAAAGCUUUAUUCCCAAAUCUACCAGUCUCUGUUCUUGUCUUUCUUUCCUUUGACUCACCUUUUCCCUGUAAUCUCACUAUCCUUACAUCUAUUGUAAUGUUUUUGUCUGCCUGUCUGUCUGACUGUCUUAUCACCUGUCUGACUUUCUGUUUAUCAGAGAGAGCCUACAGUGGAUCUGUUGGAGUCCUUCGUAGAUCACUGGAAAUCUAUAACCAAUUAUUACAUCGCAACAACAGGUGAAGACACACUCUUAGACUUUUACCUGGUACCGCCUGAACAGCCAGUGACAUUAACCUGCUCUGUGUGUGUUUGCAGAUGACAAUCGUUCUGUCAAACAGACAGAUAUCCCCUGGCACCUCAAACAGAUGUUGGACAUCCUGGUGUAUGAAGAGAAGCAACAGGUAAUACACACCUGUCCUGUGUGCAAAUUGUUAAUCUGAACAUUUACACGCAGUCUGAGGGGGUGAUUAAAGUUGGUAGUUUCACAUGUCCUGUGAGAUCAAGCAACAGGCAGACUGCUGGGUGCACAAGCGCAAACACUUUGCAUUUCUAAUAAGCAAUUUUGAUUAGAUCUCACGUCUCCACCUCAUAUGCAAGCACACACAGAGCCCCAUUUAUUUUUAUUGGCUUUAAAACAUCAAACAAAAAGCAACUGUGACUCAGUUGGAGAGCUGUACUCAUAUUCAUGCGCAUGUGCUGCAGAAAGGAGCAAUUAUCACAGACUGAAGCAAUGGCAUAUGACAUAAAAUAUUCCCAGUUUUGUGGAUUAUCAGUGAACUGUUACAUCACUUUGCACAAACACCAUUUAAGUAGGUGGCAGAGUAGGGAUACAGACUGCUCUAGUUAGAGCUACACAUCUGCAUGUAAUGUAUGCAUCACUGAACUCAACAGCCAUGUGUUUUGAUACAGGAACGCAAAUAAAACCUUCUCCCAAUUGUGGUUAGGUCACCUGAGAGGCAUGCUAGGGGUGAACUGUCUGAAUAUUUAAAACCAGUUUUCAUGUAAAUUGAAUCUCCAGCACUCUGUUUGACAUUGUGGAGAAAAACUUGAAUUACCUGAACACAGGUAAAUCUCAGCUUCCCCUUCUCCUCCUCCAUUCUUGUCGUAUAACCACACAAACACAGAGGGAUAGAUAAGCAGAGUGUUUCCUGUUUCUGAUCUGAUCUGAACCAACUAUUGAUAUGUGGAUAGAGCAGGACAGUAACUGAAGAGAUCACAACACAGACUUCAGAUUAUAGUUUAAGUUUAGUCUGCUGUUAUGACUUAGAAAGAGAGGAAACAGAACACAGAUAUGAAAUGAUAGAACUGAACUACAGUAGUGAUGGGCAUGGCAGUACAUCUAAAAUAACUGACUAGAUGUACUGACUCACUCGAAUCAGUUUACUAAAAAGAUUCCUUCAAAAGAUUUGUUCACCGAAUCACCAAAUCACCAAAACUUGGCAGGAGGAGCCUGCGACUCCGACCUCCUGAACUGACACACAGUUGAACGUUCAGGAUUCAGUUCAAUUCAUAACUUCUGGGACUGGGAGAUGAGAGUGUUUGGCUGUGUUGCUUUGGCAAAAACGUUUGUAAGAAUGAACUUGUUUAUGAGUCAUGAUGUUUUAAGUGUACUGUCCUAUGGUAUGCCAUUUAUCAGGUCUGCUCGGUAAAUUGGGCUCAGUGAGUGAUUCAUUUUGAAGAAUUCAUACUAAACAUGCAUCAUUCUCUCGCAAACCGCUGCAAUGAUAGGAUGCUGCAGCUUUUAUGCAGUGUUGUUUUCGUCAGGCAGGACGAAAACUUAAAUGACGACAUCAGACCCCUUUUUUCCUUGACGAAAAUGAGACUAAGACGAACGUCACCAAAGCUCUGUAAAGACUAAAAUGUGACGAAAAUUGUCUUCAUUUUCGUCAGACGAGAACGAGACGAGACUAAAUUGUUAUUAGGUGGACGAACAAAGUUUCAAAACAUGCUUUUUUUUGUCCUAACAGUCACGCCCCCAUCACACACGCACCAAAAGCCUCGCUCGCGCACAGCUGCGCGCACAGCUGCGCGCACACACAUACACAGAGCGGCAGGUGGACGGGGCGCGCACACACACACACCGUGGCGGCAGGCACAGCAGCGGUGUCCGGUGGCCGAAAAAAGAGGGAUGAUUUAUGGUCCUACUUCAGAUACAGUUCAAUUGACAAUAAAACACAAUGUCUUGUACGGGGACGGGGAGACGAGACAGACGACAGUUGUGGAGCCACAGCUUCCUCAUGCUGCGGCUUCAAACUGUCGGGAAAGAACACCACGAACCUCAAAAGGCACCUUUUCGUCGACUAAAACUAGACUAAAACCUUUUGAGUUUUCGUCGGACUAAAACUAGACGAAAACUAUCAAGGAUAGAAAUGACUAAAAUGGGACGAAAACGAAGAAGCAUUUCGUCAAAAUGACUAAGACUAAAACUAAAUCUAAAAUGCCUGCCAAAAACAACACUGCUUUUAUGCACUACUCGUUACAUGCUGUAGCCUAUUGUAUGCAAGUUGUUGUGGUGGCAAAGUUAGUUUUGCCCAAAACAUGAUUCCUGAGACUGUAGUUCAAUGUGUGAUUUGUUUACCAAGUGAUUCAGGCAUCAGUGCAUGCAGUCCCUUGUUCCCUGGCUGCUUGCCUGGCAAUGCUGUGUGCCAUACCAGCUGCGCUUCUGACAGCUCAACUGAAGUGAGAAAUGAACGAAUCACUUGAGGAAGUGAUUCUGUUCAGUACGAUCAUUGAAAGGAUUCAGUUCUUUUGAAUGAAUCGUUUGCGAACGACACAACACUAAACUACAGAGCAUCUACUGAGAUCCAACACUAGAGCCCAUUAUUAUUAGACUUCUCGUUAAUGUGUUGAUCAGUGUUUUAUUUUGUGUAAAGAUGUAGUGGUUGGUGUAUAGAUGUUCAGACUGACGUAUUUGUGUAUCGUUUUGUAGGGUCUAGAGCAGACAGGCCCUUGUAUUGAGUAUCUGCUGCAGCACAAACUGUUGGAGACCCUGUGCACUCUGGGAAAAGCUCAGGUAAAAAUCACACUGAUAGAGCUGCAUUUGUCUGUCCUCCCUCAAUAAUUACAUUCAACCUCUUCUCCCUCUUCUUCCUCUUCCUCAGUAUCCUCCUGGUAUGGUUCAGCAGGUCUUGGUGUUCUUCACAAAGAUGCUGUCUCAGAUGCAGAAUCCUCUGCUGGAGCUGGUCAGUGUCUACAGACCUGUCCAGGUAAAACCCUCACACCAGAACUUCACAGAAAUGAUACAAGCGACAAGUAAAGGAAGCAGGAUGAGUUUUUAUCAGCGGCACCUCUUACAGAAGAUAAGCAAAUGAUGAGACAAGCCCAUGUUGUGUUAGUGAGCGUGCUUGUGACUGCUUUUAAAAUCCUGCAAUGACUUGAAGGGCUGAUCAACAGUUACACAUGACUUGUGAUGAAAACACCAGAGUGUUACCUGCAGAUCCUCCCAACUUCACACAGACUGUUUACCAAGAUAGUGGCAGUCUAUACAACAUCAGGGUGAACAGUCAGCCAAUCAACUCUUGCAUUCGGCCUCAAUCUUGUGGCUCUUCAUAAUAACUUCACCAAUGUGAUGCAUUGUGGGAUUUAUACUCAAGCCAGUACUGCUCAGCUGCAGCUCAGAUAAAGCACAGAUUAAAUGCAAAUCCUGGACACUGCUCUUUUAACUUUUGGAGGGAAAGGGCACACCCCUGCCCUGACACUAAACACAUGCAUAGGCACAUCAAUAACUCAAGUGUAAGUGUGAACAAGUGUGUGUAAUGGGACAGCCCCAUCGGCUUAACUGACCUCAACUCUGUUCCCUUUUACAGAAGCUGAUUCGUCUCUGUGCACUUCCUGGUUCCAACACUAAGAAAGAGGAGGCUCAAUUCCUAUUGGUCAUCUGCUCCAGGGUCAAAAAGGAUCCACACACACUCAGAUACAUCUUAGAGGUAAAGGCUACAUUAGAAAUACCUCCAGUGUAAUCUUGCCAGGCUGGGAGUGGGUGUUUAAGAUCCUGUUUAAAGAAGUCCGUCUAACAGCAGCUCUGUGUCUUUAAUGCUGUCAGAUUCUCGACCAACCAGCAGCCAGAACACCAGCCUCUGACCAAUCACAGCAUGGGACUCAAGCAUCUAAUAGUUCAACAGAGCAACCAGUGCACCCCAUCCACGCAGAGAGUUGCCUGCUUUCAGCUUUGAUGCAUUUAGCUAAAAGUCAGGUAAUUUCACUGGUUAAUUACUACUAACCAGUUCUGCUCACUUUUCAAAUGCCAUCUGCAAGUUUCAACCUCACCAGCACAGGAGCUUUGAUCCUUUCUUUAUAAGCUUUGUGCUUUUUGAAUCAAGGGUCUAACCAUCAAUCACACUAGUCUGUUUUAAUCAUUUUACUUUCAAUGUUAACCAAGCACGCAUCAUUACAUUUUUACGUUUGCUAUAUUUGCAUCAUGUUGUUUUCACAUCUCUUCCUAUUCUCACACUUAGUCAUUUUGUUCUUCCUCAGAGAGGCUCUGCAUGUCUGAAGGCCCACGAGAGUCUGCUGCUUCUGUGCGGCCUGCAGUCUGAAUCCUCGGGGGAGAUUCUGUGUGAUCAGACCCAGCUGGGAGAGCUGCUGGCUGGCAGGCUGCAGGAGCUUUACUCCCUGCUGCCUGUUGGGGAACUGGAUCCUGGAGAGGUGCGGAGCUGGCCUCAAACAGCAUGGAGGUAAAUACACAAUGCACACUAAACACUCUGAGAAAGCUCUGAAAUAUAAACGCUGACUCUAUAUCGCCAAGAUGGAACUUGGUGAAUGAAUUUUAUAAGAAACAUGGUUAAUGUGCAGAUGGUCACUUUGUCUUCACACUGGCUACAGUCAGUAUAGGUCCAUUGCUAUUUUCCAGACUAUAAGUCGCACUUCUUUUCAUACUUUGGCUGGGUUUGCAACUUAUACUCAGGUGCGACUUACAUAUGGCUUCUUCUUCUUCUUCACAUUUUUUGGCUGGUGCACUCCGAAGCAACUGACAGUCUGAAAAACACGUUACUUUUAUAAGACCAGAUGUCCAGAUUCAGACAGUUAGGCCCACAAUCCUCCUUCAAGACUUAAGUCAUGCAAUGUUUAGGAUUGAGUGUAACGAUGAUCCACAGACUUAUCUUUGCAGACUGCUUUCAUAUGUCACUGAACAUGCCAAAACUUUGUUUCCUAUGCAAACACUUCCUCUUCUUUCCUGUGUAUUAGCAGAAUAGUUCUGUAUUUGUUGUCUGUACCUGUUUAACAGGCAAACUGAAGUACACCUUACUGUGUUUUUUAGUUGAAGCGUGUAUAGACAGAAGUUUACUUAUGCACAUCUGUUCAUUUUUCCAGUUCUCAGUUGUCUACCUGCAGCUCUGAUCCCAAAUCAGCCUCUCCUGCUUCUGAUCACAUGACCAACUUCUUCUCCUGGUUUGACUUUCUGGACCAGCUGAUAAGGGAAGCCCCUCAGGUAAACACACACACACACACACACACACACACACACACACACACACACACACACACACACACACACACACACACACACACCUUCACACAGUAUGAGAUGACUGUGCUGAUAAAAUUGAUCAUUGUGCCUGGAUUGUGUCUACUGCUCACAUGCACAGAGCUAGAGCUUCCUCUCUUUCACGCUCCAUUGCGCUUACUGCUUGGGUAAUUGUCCCAUGUUGCAACUAUACUGACACAAUGUGAGGCCCUACUAUGGUUUGAUGAGAAAACUAAAGGUGAUGUACUAUGACCCUGGAAUCCAGUCAUCAAAAAGGUUUGAGUCGCAAGAUCAAUUCAAGAUGAUGAAACAAAAUAUACAUAACAUUUUAGGAAUUCAAACAAUUAUAUUUUAUUUACAUAAAUUAUAAAAAUUUGUAACUCAUGAUCCUUAUUAAGCAUAAAAUUUCACUUAUCUUAAUAUGAAACCAUCUGUGACAGUAAGUGAAGCAGCUGAGCUCAGUUUAGUUCAAUAUAUGAUCAUAGCCAGUAUACUAUCAGUAAUCACAUUACAAUAGAUGAUUGAAUCCUGUGUGUGUGUGUGUGUGUGUGUGUGUGUGUGUGUGUGUGUGUGUGUGUGUGUGUGUGUGUGUGUGUGUGUGUGUGUGUCAGGUGUUAGCAUUGAAGCUAGCUCACUGUGUUUACCAGCUCUGGCUGUUGGAUGUAGUUAAACCUCAACUGCAGCACACGUGAGUGUAAACAUCUCCUCCCACUUCUCCUUCUUCUUAAUUUACUCCUUCUUUAACUCCUUCAUUUUCUUCAUCCUCUCCUCCCUCUUCUUCUCUCUGUUUUCCACCUUUCCUUCCUUUUUUAUUCCUUUCUCUUCCUUUUCUUUAUCUUUUCCAUCUACUUACCCUCUCUUUAUUUUCUCUUUUUCCCUUUUGGCCUCUAUUUUCUCUGCUGUCCAUCCCUUACACUUCACAUCUUUUUUUUUCUCUUUUUCAUUCCUUUCUCUUCCUCUCCUCCUUUUACUUUUCUUUAUACUGCUCUUCUCUGCCUCCCUUUCACUGCUAUUUUUGUUUGUUGUUCAUAUUUUUGUUUGUAGUAGUGUCAGUUGUCAUUGUUCUUAUAUGGUGAGGCAGGAAAUGUUGUUUCUGAUGUUCAGGUGUGUUUGUGUGGUCCAGGUGCGAGCAGGUGGUCCUGGUCUCCACCUCUCUCCUCUGUGCUGUAGUCAGACUUGUCCAGUCCUCAUCCCUGCUGGAUCAGCUUGUUCACUUCCUGUUCAGGACACACGGACUGACACAGCUGCUGCUGCAGCGCUGUGACCACAUCUCUGACCAGGUAAGUCCCUCUACAGGACCCCAACAGGGACAAACUCCACUGUAAACAACCUGUCUGUCAGUAAAGCACAAACGCUCUCUGUCUCCCUCCCCCUCAGAUCAGUAUGGCGUCUCUGUGUCUGGUGGAGGAGUUACUACAGAAGCCUCACAAGGACAUUUUGGACAUCUUGGUGUUGAAUUUCCUGCAGAGUCGUAGUUACCUAUCUGCACCUGCUGCAGGUGUGGAGGACCGACACACUGAAAGUAACGAAGCUGACGAGGAUAGCGAGUGAGUUCGCCAGACUGUGUGACAUCACUGCAGGUCAUGACGUCAUAACAUGACAUCACUGCGGAUGUUUAGAUUAAACCCAGGCCCCAGGUGAUAGUGCUGAACUGGCCUGAAUUGAUAUUAUUAGAGUGUUCAUGAGGGACGUGAGACAUGAGGGACGUCAUGAAGACUAAACUGCGCCCCUCUUACUCUGUAACCAAUCAGAAACCUGGAAUCACCUGAAUCUUAUUGAUUAACAGAUAAGAAGAAGAAGAAGAAGAACUUUAUUGAUUCCCGAAGGGAAAUUCAAUUGUCUGUUGUCUCACGUAAUAUGUCUAUAAAAGUUAUCUAUUAUUUAUUUUAGGCUGAUAUUAUAGAAGUAACUUUUUUCUUUUAGCCUCUCUUUAGGUAGUUAACCUUCAGAGUGAUUUGUGUCUGUCUGUGUUGUCAGUGAUCUGGAGGAGGACCCCUUCUUCUCUGACAGCUUGUUGCCAUCGGAGACUCAGCUUCUUCCUUCUCCCUUUUCCUCCUCUUCUACCUCCUCAGCUCCUUCACCUUCCUCUGGACCAGGGUCACCUGCUGAUGUUGUGAACAGGUAUCACACACACAAAGAUGCACAAGAGUUGUGUGUGAACUCAUUGACAUUAUUAAACACUCCUGCGGUUUGAUUCAAAAGUGGUUUGACUAGUUUAAUUCCUCGACAACUGGCUUUGAUGCCAAACCACAAACAGCAGAGGGUUUGUGUGUUUCAAGUUGAUAUUUUUUUUUUAAAGUCAGUUGAAAGAAGCAUUUCGUUCUUGUUGCAUCAGAAGCUCCUCUCACUCAAUAUUGUCUUUCAGUUGAAAAAAAGUAAUCUUCUGUUUAGGCUCCCCUUUCCAGCUUGUUGUGUGAUAACAAUAAGAUUUUGCUCAAACCCUCUUGUGGGACUCUACCACCUAAUUUGUGCAGGGAGGGUUAAAAAACCCCAAAAUUCUGUGUUUAUAAUGAGUCUGCCUGAGCUUACUUUCUUAGCCUGUCAUCAGAUGUAGGACACGAAACUCAAGCUCCAGAUUCAGCUCCAGAAAGGGAGAAGUUUCUCCAGAAUUUUGGCUCUGUUGUUUGUGAACUACACUUGUGCAACCACAAACUGAGCCCACUUCAUAAUAGAGGAGAGUGAGAGUGUGAAAGACCACAUAUCUCAGCUCCCUCAAGUCUUCAGCUCAUGAAUGAGAAAGAGAUGAUGAUGAGGAAGAGCAGCAGAGGUCUCAGGCUGGACUGACAUGAGUCAGUAACACAGUUCAGUCAUCACUAAACAUGUUUAUAACAAUGAAGGCUGUCUGCUUGAUUUGGAUUAUUACCUGUAGGAGAUUAACAUUACACAGAUGCCUUAGAGAAAACUACUGCACUCCAAAGAGCUUACGACAGAUUUGUCAACAACAGUUUUUUGUGUUUGUGAUUUGAGACAGUUAUUAAUCAUGAGUAAAAUCUUGGAUUAAAGUCUCCAAGAAAUGAAUUUAAAUGAUCUAAAGUCCCCUGACAUGAUGUAAGCACUGUGUUUGUGUUUGUUUGUGUGUGUGUGUGUGUGUGUGUGUGUGUGUGUGUGUGUGUGUGUGUGUGUGUGUGUGUGUGUGUGUGUGUGUGUGUGUGUGUGUGUGUGUGUGUUUGUGUAUGUAUGUAGUUUUUUGUGUUUAGUUCCUGUUCAGGUUCGAUCAGCUCAGCUGCUGCAAGAAGGAGGAUAUGAAUCUUACGUCCAUGAUGCUCACACACUGGUUAGAACUUACACACUUACACUUGAUCCAUCUCACACUCACCUUUGUGUCUCUUAUUUUGUCAACAUCUUCUCAAAAUAUUGAAACUCUAAGUCGACCUGUAUGUGAUUCUCUACAGCUUUCUGUUUUUCAGUUAACCAGAUGUUCAAGUGAAGCUGAAUUAAAAUCAGUCAUUGAAGAACAUUUAAACUAGAGACUGAACUUGUGUGACUCCUGAGUGUGUCUUCACCAAGACAGAUGAACCGUAAUUAAUCCCGGUCCUCCUGUCCUGUCCCCUUUCCUCAGGUGACAGAGUGUGAGUCUCUGUCUCAGUCCUGGAACUGGCCGCUUAGUCUCCCUCCUCCUCCCCCCUCCUCCACAGGUGAGGUAGAGGACUUCUUUGAAGGUCACCUGCUCAAAGUCCUCUUUGACCGACUGGGCCGUGUCCUGGAGCAGGUGCAUACAUCUGUCUGUCUGUCUGUCUGUCUGUCUGUCUGUCUGUCUGUCUGUCUGUCCUUCCGUCCUUCCUUUGUGAUGAGUCAGGGCCUCAGGUGUGUUCUGGAUGUUCACGAUGAUGUUUUUGUGUUUUCAGCCGUAUGAGCUGAACCUCCAGCUGACUGCUGUCCUGUCCAGACUGUCGGCCUUCAGCCACCCACUGCUGCACGAGUACCUGCUCAACCCCUACAUCCACCUGUCUCACUGCUCCAGGUCACUCUUCUCUGUUCUCAUCAGGGUAAGACACACACACACAGACAUGUAUCUGUCUCACUGCUUGUUGACUGCCUGGGAUAUUCAUCUGUGUAUCUCCUCGUCUCUGCAUGUCUGUGCACAUCUCAGUUAAUGGGAGAGCUGAUGCAGAGGAUCCAGCAUGUUCCCAAUCUGACGGACAGACUGCUGAAUGCCAGGAAACACCUGCUGGGACUGGACCACAACACUGGGUAAUUACCUGUCUGACUGUCUGUCCUCCUGGAGCAAAUUUACAAAAUGACUAGCAGCCACUGGUAGCUCUGGUAAUGGUGCAGUUUUCCACUAAGUAUUCAGGCAGAGACACACUCUUAAAGUUUUACUGCACCAUACAUCGUUACUCUUGAUUUGCAUUAGAUAAUGUGGACGGAUCGCCUCUCUCAUCCUGACAGAGCUAACACACAUCAUUAGCUGUGGGAGACGGAGACACUUUUCCUGCAGUCAGCAGAUGUAACUCAAGCUUCAAUGUUUAACCUGGGACAAAUUAAAGCCCUGAUUAUUGUUGUGUUUUUGGAUAAGUGUUGCUGUGAGGCUCAUUUAGAUGGAGAAGAGCAAUUUGCCUGAGAUGGAUACAUAUGCAGUGACUCAUUUUGAUACCUGCAAACAGCACUAGUGCACAGAGACGCUAUUUGCUCUGCAGCUUUGCUGUUUGAGUUGCUUUUAACUCUUUGUGCAUCAUUUCAGAAUUAGAAAGGAACUUGUCUACUUUGCACAGGUUUAACAUCCAGUGAAAUAGGGGUUUGGAUUUUUUUGGAAUUAGGUUUUCUACUAGGGGUUUGUUUACCUGUAUUUAUGCAUUUCCCUUGUCUUUUCCUCUCUGUGUUUGCAUCCUCAGACUGGAGCACCAGACCUUGCUCAGGGGGAUCAUCGUGCUCGAGGAGUUCUGUAAGGAGCUUGCAGCCAUCACCUUCGUCAAACUGCCUCUGGAGCAGCAAUGACUCUCCUGAUCUGACUAGAACUGGUGCACCUGGAUCAGUUUGAACAGGUGCAAGUUUACGGAUACAACAGGUACAUCUGAUCUGCAGCCUGAGGACACCCCGACAGAGCAGUCAGCUGAUAAAGGUACAGCCUUAUGAACUGGAACAGGUGGAGCUGAGUGGAUUGGGGUUGCAAGAAGUCUGCUGGUCCACUUGGACUCUUUUAGGAUUUUUAUAAUUUGAGAUCAGGUGAGUGGUGGAUUGGAGCCUCUCCCAGCUAAGGGGAGCUGAAUGUCUGAGGCGACCCUGAAUGCCUCAGUGCCUCAGCCUUAAUGAACUUCAUCCUGAUUGUUUUAUGAUGGGUUUCAGUGCAUCCCCUGCAGUCACACUGACCUCACACUGACGCUGUAGUCGCUUCACAGCCUUAACCGGAGAUUUUACUUAUUUAUUGUAGAGGUUUUUUUUUUUAAUUAUGAAUGAAUCAUGAGAGGUGAUCCAAGUUUAAAAAAAAGAAGUUUGAUGUAAAGCUUAUGUAUAAUGAAAAUAUACAAGUUUGAAAAUGUAGAAAUACUACUUAAAAAUAGUAAUCAGAUUUAAAAACAUACCCAUGUCCUUUUGAAGGGCACAGCCACCUUUACACCUAAACGUCUGUUACUACUUUAAUCCCAAAGAUGUAGAGAUGAAUGUGACCUCUCUGAUGCUGUCAUCAGAUUUCCUUCCUUGUCUUCAAAUGAUUUAUGCCUUAAAAGCGUUCCUUGGGUUAAAAUCUGAUCUUCAUUCAGUGAGAUAAACUCUUUUUAUGCCUCUGGACAGGUGAUCUAAAACUCAAAGGUAGCUCAGAUGUUCCUAGACUGUAAAGUUAUUUAUAUGCAGAUAGAGUUUAAAAAUAGUUUAAAGUUGGACUGAAACUUCGUGACUUUACUUUUGUCAAGCAUUAAAACUUGAGACACUUAAAAAACUUGUAAACUUUGAGUUUUUAGACAAGGUUUCAGAGUUUAAAACAAACAACAUAAGGAUAUAACCAAGCUUUUGUGUUCUGUGUUGUCUUUAAAAUAUAAAAGAUUAUAUAUUUGUAAUGUUUACCUGACUGCUUUCUUCUGCUGAUUGUCUGAAAUGUGCCAAAACACUCUGAAUGUGUCUCUAAGUGUGAUUCAGUUUAGUAUGACAAGAAGCUAAGAUUGAAGAUUGUGUGGACUUGAAAUGAGUGGAUGUGCUGAGAAUCUGGUAGUACAAUCGUAUUCAUUGAUCUCUUUAAAUAAAAAAUAAAAAAACAAGACUUUUUGAUCAUGUUUGAAUGUGAUCAUUUAAAGAAGAGUGUUACGGGUGAAACAGCAGCACACCUUGAAGCUGCUAUGUUUGGUAUAAGUUGGACUUUUCUAUGUAAAACGCACUCAAGGCCGAGAGUGGUGUCACCAUUGCAGUUUGGACUUUUUUUUUUGUUUUGUUUUGUUUUGUUUUUGCAGUUUGAAAAAUGUACAAUAAAUACUCUCAAAACUUUUAAAUUAAACUGUUCAAUGUCAAAUACA